CCUAGGGUUUCGACUGCUCCUUGCCUUAGAAGGAUUAUUAAUUGAAGUUUCCUAUUCAAUCUCUGCUACUCGAUCCCAAUAAGGUUUCGUUUACCUUACGGACCACAGAAUGGGUGAAGCUAUACCCCAAACCCAAGUAGGCUUAUUUUUUGGGCCACAGGUAUUGGCCCGCUGGUUCAAACCCACCAAAGGAUCUUGCCAAAAAUACUUUUGGGCUCAAACAUUGCCCCCCAGGCCCCGAAAUCAGGCCCACGAAGAUGUAACUGAUUGAAGGGGACUAAAACGACGCGCCGGUCGCUCGAAACGAUGUCAUUAAUGAAGGUCGCAUCCUUUCGUUUGCAAAAAACCUUUCUGUCGUAUCGUUUCCCUCACAAAAUCCCUUAUUUAAACCCAUGGCCGCGUAAGACCCGUCACAUCAGAAACCCUUUCAGUCUCUUAAACCCAGAAAAAAACCCAUUUCUUCCGAUAUCUCCUUCGCAGAAACCUAGAAAUGGCUCCCCCGAAGAAAAUAGUCAUCGAUCAAGAGGAAGAGUCGAACGACAAAGUCGCCCAUACUUGGGGAACCAACAUCGGUGCCUGCAUUCGUCUCCAAACAUCUAUCCAUCGACCCUUGCCCUUCGAUUCUCCGACCACCAAACCAGACUGGGGCCAGCGCCACAAGAUGCUAUUCCGGCCGAAGCUAUCGCUCUCUACGGCCUACCCGUCCGUCGGCCCAUUCCGGUCCUCCGAAAGACUCCUGGAGAUUUCAGUAGCUGGUGUGCCCAGAACCAUCGAGCCAAAAUAGGACACUGGCCGUCCUCCAUCAGUCCAGCAGAGAUUUCCUGGUAUCGCGAAACGCGGGCUCGAGAUCUGGCUCGCUGGAAUGCAGCAGGUAUUACACACACUAUCGAUCUAUGUCCAUCUUCCGUGCGGCGGCAAUCGUUCGCCGCUCGCUGCCUUUCUUUGUUUCUGGAAUACCGCCACCAACACAUUUGACUUUAGAUUCGGUCAAAUGAGUAUUACUCUGCUGGAUAUUCUUGCCAUCACCGGCUUGCCCAUUAAUGGCGAGCCCUAUGUGCAUGGUCAAUUCGAUUCUGUCAACUUCACCUCGACCAUGGCCCAGCACGGUCGCAGCACCCACAGUGGCUCCUACCUGCGAUGGUUGGCGUAUUACAGUCGGGAGCACAACUCGACCGGCGGAAUCGCUUUCCUGGAGUAUUGGCUAUGCAAGUUCAUCUUCUGCACCUCUUCCUGCAAGCCCACUGGUACUUGGACUCUGCUGAAGAGCUUAGUUACGAGCUUUACGCUCCUAACCACUUCGCUCGCCAAUUCGGUCUCGUCCAACUGGUACCAUUUCCUCUGUACAACACCUGGAACUACAACACUUCUUGGCAUAGAUUCGGGCCCCCCACCGGGCCUGUGCCGGCACAAAGUAUGCUCGCGUUGGUUGAUCUUCCAGAUUGGGCUCAAGUUAUCGAUGUCGUGGAUGGGACUGAGGAAGGAUAUGAAGACUAGUGGGAACAGGUCUCCGUCAAUUGCUGGACCCAGCGGGAUGACGAACUCUUUGCAGCCAUCUUUGGAGAACUGAAAAACCCCUACCCUGCCGAUGUUGAAAUGCUCGCUUGCUUCUCUGGGGACGCUACACGACCCCAGCCUCUUCCAAAAACAUAACCGGCCCGAGCCCCUCGCCAAGCUCAGGCUGGUAUCGUAAUCCGCGAACCCCCUCCAAUGGUAAGUAUCUUAGUUCUAUCCUCUAUAUCACUACUUCCUUUUCACUCAUCCUUCGCUGUAUCAGGGAAAUGCGCCACGUUCUGGCAACUGCACAAUCCGUGCUUCCCCGGCCGCUGGCCAGUCAGGAAAGUAGAAGACGGUGAUCGCGGAGCCUGAAGUUGAAGAUUCCUCCUCUGACGACGAUAAUCUUCAAACCGUUGCCGCUGCUUUGGCUCGCAAGUGCAGCCGCUCGGACCCUCGCACUGACCUAUGGGAAGAGGACGAACCAAUCGCUGAUCGACUGGUUCGUCGCUGGUCCUCCGAACAAGCUGGGGAAGGCCCUUCGGCUGCUGGUGAAGGGACAUCUACCACGGCUUCUAGUAAUCUUCCACCUCUUGCCAGCACUGCGAGCGAUGUGCCAUUGGCCUCAAUUCUGGUGUAGGUCAUAGACGACAGUUCGCCCGAAUUGGAAGAAGGAACAGCCCCUUCAGAGGCACCGCCUGAGGAACCGAUCGCCGCACAACCCUUAGCGCAAACAGCGCCUGAUGCAAUUUCCUAUAAAGCAACUCAAGAGCCUGCACGAGCCUCCGGCCGCAGAGAGUCCUGGUCCUGCUGAGGAAACAGCUAUCGCUGCGGAAGUACCUGUCGCUGAUCCUGCUGAACCAAUUGGUGAAGACAUGGUGACUCAGGAGCCUGCCCUCCAUGCUCCUGAAGUGGGAGAACGGGUAAAUGCCGAACCAGAGCCGGAAGCGGUUCCUAUUAUAGAGCCUCAGGAGGCCCCAGCUGCUGCUGCUAUUCCAGAUCCACUGCCUGAGCCCCCUUCCAGAUUGGAAAGGCUUGUUCGCGUCCUCAAAGUGGCCCCUCCAAGAGUUAUAGAUGAAGCGCGGGGUGGGCUACAACGACUUCUGAGCCCCGACAUCUUACUGCCGGGUGCGUCUGCCAGCGCCCAGGAAUACUUGAUGGUUCUUCGCCGCGAGCGAACCAUCACUGAGACUGAGUUCACCGAGAUAUAUGAGCUACUACAAAAUCUCCCUGAGCUGAUUAAUGAGAGAACGGCCGCAACUGCGCAAGCCAGGCAAGCUCAGGCCCACUACCGGGGCCUCGCGCAACAGACAGAUGCUUCUCGCGACCUCUUAGGAGAUAGGGCCAUCCUCGUUAGAGAUUUGCGGAUCACUCAAAAUCAUCUUCGGACCCAAAUCCAGGAACUCCAAGCCCAAUUGACUGCGGUGACGGCCCAGCUUGAACAUGAGGAACCUCUGCUAGAGCAACCCUUAGCGGCCUUUGAAGCAUUGUCUGAAACCUUGGCUCAAGCCCGCGAAGCAGCCUGACAAGCGGAGCGAGCUGCUGCCGAUGCUAGUUUCCGCCUGGAUGAACACUUACUUCGCUUGACCCAUGCGGGCCGAAAACUCUAGGCCUCUUAUGUUAGGCCCUUUUGUGUUGUAUGAAUAAUACUAUAAUUAAUAUUUAAUAUUUAGCCCACUUUGUUUGGCCCAAAUAUGACUUUAAAUUCCGGUAAUUUAUCACCUCUUUAUUGAUAUCGAAACUGUUGAAAAGAUAAUUCCGAAUUGAUAGGUUAUCUCCUCGGAGACUGCCCUGCUUCCCACGCGUUUUCAAUUUCCUUCAUUUCCGAGAUUCUAGCAUUCAAUUCCAUUGAUACUCUCAUUGAUGGCGUUGAAAGUACUUCAACUGCCCAUCACGCGGUUGAGAUUACUACGGCUGGAGCUAUAAAUACCUGCACUUGGGGAAAUCAUGAAGCCAAGCAACCAUGCCUUCUCCAGAGAUAACUUCACGAGCCUUGCUACUUUUCCUUCAGUCUCUAAAAUCUUCCUCCCAUGAUCUCACCCUUAGCCACAAAUCCAUAGGCUUCAUGGCUUAAUCUCAAAACCUAGGUAGGCCUCAUGGCCUAAUCUCAGGUCCAACGGCGUGUCUUUGGUUUCUGGGAAUCUGGACAAAAUCGCCAGUCUCAG